AUGGCUGCUCCAUCCCCCCAUUCAGCAUUUAAGCAGUAUCCCUGGGAUGGCGGCAGGUCGACCUCGGAUUACUCGCGCCCCCGUACCGAGACCGAGAGAAUCGCCCUGCCAUCGAUCCGCCAGGCCAUCCCGGAACUUCACCUCCGCCUGCAACCCCAGGAGUCGUCAACCACCAGGACCACUUCUUCCAACACCUCGCCAACAGUCGGCUAUGCCGGUGUCAUGACGCCACCCGAGUAUGUUCACUCGCCAAGCUCAAACAAGCGGAGGAGACUGUCGGUGGACGAGGAGCAGGACGGUGAAAGAGUCAGCCGCGUCCCGAGACUGUACGAAAGCCCAGCACGGCUUCCCCAACGCCAGAUUUCCCCGCCACUCGCUUCCCGCUCUGUCACCGAGAGCUGGACCGGAUCCGCAAGGACAAGCCCCUACAUGUCUGCGUCGGGCAUGCCUUCUAUCAGAUCCCCGGCCAUGGAGCUGAACGAGCGUCCUGAGAUGCGGACGACACUCCCCAGCCUCCCGCCCAUGAACUUCGAUAGGGAGCCCGUUCCCAUGCAGCGUGUUCGGGGACACUCCCAAGAUGAUUUCCAGCCCAUCCGCCCUUCCAUGGGCAUGUCCGGAGCACCACCCAUGAUGGAGGCCGCCCCAGCUUACCGCCCCAGCGGUUACGCAUACGGAUAUCACCACCCCAGCCGGGUUCAGUCUCUGUCUCUCGGUUCUAUUCACCCCUUCGACCGCACGCCUUUCUCAAGUGCUGGUUACGGCCACUACCCCGAGUUCAUGCGCAUCGGAGAGCUUAGCGCUAUGGGCAUGCACGGCGACAGCAAGCAACGCAAGCGCCGUGGCAACCUGCCAAAGGAGACGACUGACAAGCUACGUGCGUGGUUCGUAGCUCACCUACACCACCCGUACCCAACCGAAGACGAGAAACAGGAGCUCAUGCGUCAGACCGGUCUCCAGAUGAACCAAAUCUCCAACUGGUUCAUCAACGCGCGGCGCCGGCAGCUGCCCACCAUGAUUAGCAACGCCCGUGCCGAGUCCGACGCCAUGUCCAGCCGCAGCGGCGAGAGCAAGAUCCUCCCGUCGACAGAGCGUAGCGAGUACGACGACGGCAAGCGCUCCAGCGUUCCCCUCAGCGAAGGCGAGGCUUUUGACGAGGAUCUUGAUAGCCUGAAGCACCGGCGCUCAGCGCACAUCAAAAGGGGAAGCGUCUGA